AUGAAAUCUUUUGUACUCCUGUUGGCUCUGGUGGCAGCCUGCGCCGGUGACGCGAUUCGCGAAAAGCGCGGCUACAGCAGCGGCUGGAGCGGCGGUUAUAGCGGUGGACAAAGCGGCGGCAGUGGUGGUGGGAGCGGUGGCUACUCCGCGCCUGCUGCCCAGGUCAUCUCCGUCAACAAGGUGGUGAACGUGCAACGCGAGGUCAGCGUACCGCAGGUGGUCUACGUGCGAAAGGUCAUCUCCGAGCCCCGCGUCGUCACCGUCAACCAAGUCGUGCCGGUCUCUAGCGGCUACUCCGGCGGAAGCAGCGGCGGACUCUCAGGUGGAUACUCUGGCGGUCACAGUGGCGGAAAUUCUGUUGGAUUCGGUGGUGGUCAUUCCAGCAGUGGUUGGUGGUGA